GCUGCUAAUACUGCAAAGCAGACAGCCAGUGGAGGCGGGUGGAAGGACUUUGUGGCGGGCAGCAUUGCUGGCGCCGCCCAGGUCGCUGUCGGACACCCGCUGGACACUGUCAAGGUACGUUGGUGUUUACCAUGGCUGCCGUGCCCGUUGCUGCAAUGAGAGCCACUGAAGUCAUUUCCAGCAUCUAUGGCGCCAUCUGCUGAUCAAGCAAAAGUACCUGCUACCAGUGCUUCAUUUUUCUGUCGAUCCAUCAUGUCGCUGCUCAGCCAUUGCUCUUCUAACAUCGAACUCCCCUGUACUUAGGUGCGCAUUCAAAUCGAAGGCUCGGGCGUGUUCAAGGGCCCCGUUGACUGCCUGAUGAAGACGGUCCGCAACGAGGGGUUCCUCGGCCUGUACAAGGGCAUGGCGUCGCCGCUGGUAGGAAUUGCUGCUGUAAACUCGCUUCUGUUCUGGGCAUACUCUCUCGGAAAACGGCUGCAGACCAAUAGCACGUCGCCGACACUUGGCCAGGUGGCCAUUGCGGGCUCAGGUGCUGGCAUCGUCAACAGUGUGCUGGCAUCGCCAGUGGAGCUGCUCAAGGUGCGGCUGCAAACGCAGUACAGCGGUGCUGGAAACACGUUCAAGGGCCCGAUUCCGUUGGCCAAGCACCUAGUACAGCAGUUUGGUGCGCGCGGCAUUAUGUGGGGAUUCUGGUCGACAGUUGCGCGUGAGAUCCCAGCAUACGCGGGCUUCUACACGGGAUUCGAGUUCGCAAAGCGCAAAUUCGCUGAUAGCCUAACAGGCGGCAAUGUAGAUAAGCUGGGCGUUUUGCCACUGAUGGCCUCGGGAUCGUUUGCAGGCAUUUGCUACUGGACUGCCAGCUAUCCGCUGGAUGUCAUCAAGAGCCGUGUGCAGAACUCACCAGUUCCACCAAAGCGCCUUGGCGGCAUCAUCGAGGCAGCGCAGGCAAUUAGCAAGGAGCAGGGGGUCAAGGGGUUCUUCCGUGGCUACUCUCCCAGCAUCAUCAGGAGUAUUCCGGCUGCUGGCGUCACCUUUGUCGCCUACGAGUUUGUCAUGCGUGGGCUGAAUACAAUUUAAGGAUAUGUAGUGUCUUUAUAGAUUAACGUUCUGCAUAAUAUAGACCAGGG